AUGUCACAGAUCACUCCCGUGGAUGCGGUAAGGUUACUCUUAAACCCAAACAUUGACAAGAAGCUUGUAGUAUCCAUGUUUUUACAGCAAUUUAAAAAGAAAGAAAUUGGACCGAUACUCUCUAAACUUCUUGGCUCAGGAAUUGUUGGGAUUUCAUCAAUUAUUCGGAUACCACAAAUCCGCAAGAUUGUGAAUCCAGAGAAAUUGAGUCAACGAGUAUCAGUAUCCAAGGGAUUAUCACUUUCUGGUAUUAGUUUAGAAACCUUAGGAUAUUUGAUCCAUGUGGUGUAUAACCAUCAGAAUAAGAAUCCAUUUGUUAACUAUGGAGAGACUCUUUUAGUGGGGUUACAGAAUGUUGCCAUAAUCAUUCUUAUCAAGUACUACCAUUCUAGAGAAAAUGGAUCUGUUCUGCUGGCUGUCAUUGACACAAUUAGACCGAUUUUGGUCAUGCUUGCAAUUUCAAUUGGAAUUGGGAAAUUUGCUAGUCAUGAUUUCAUAUCAACACUUCAAGUUUUAAACAUUCCAAUUUCAAUUUUAUCAAAAUUACCUCAAAUUAGACAGAAUUAUUUAUUGCAAUCCACUGGACAUUUAUCAAACAUUACGGUUGGUGCCAAUGUUCUUGGGUCAUUCACAAGAGUAUUCACUACUUUACAAGACUUUGAAAAGUUGGGCCGUGAUAAGGUUUUGCUUGUUGGAUAUGGUAGUCUGUUCUUUUUGAAUGCAGUACUUGCUGGUCAAUGUUACUACUAUGGCAAUAAUACUAUUGGAACUGAUGAGAAGAAAAACAAUUAA